AUGCCCUGCACAAGUAAUCCAGAUAAUCCUGUCAACAUUACCACCAUUUAUAAUACAGCUAGCCAAAAUGGAAUUGCUAGUUGCAACGCCUUAUUUGUGGCGCCUAUCAUAGUCAAUUACGUGGCCGUUCAAGAGUGGCCCGUGCAGUUAGCGCUGCCCCUAAACUUAAUUGCCAGCUCACACUAUAACACAUAUGUUAACGGUGAUCAAACCACUUUAUAUAGCGGAACCAUUAGUGGUGGUCCUUGCAAUGGCUCUGUGUUUAGCCAGCAAACAGCUUACAGGGGUUUCCCAAAGAAUGUGUCGGUAUCGCGAUACAAUACUAGCGACACUGAGUAUCGGUAUCGGUGUCGCGACACCGAUACCGAUACCGACACUCGUUUUGAAAUCCUACCGAUACCACCGAUACCAACGAUACUACCGACACCACCAACACUACCGAUACCAGCGAUAUUAAUUAUAUUUUUUAUUAUUGCGCAUGCUCACGACACUACCAAUAUUACCAAUACUACCAAUACUACCGAUACUACCAAUACUACCGAUACUACCAAUACUACCGAUACUACCGACACCAACGACACUACCGAUACCGACACCGAUACUUAG